AGGUUACCAUAUCAUUACCUGUUAUUUGAAGCCAUGCGAGGCCGUAUUCUUCCGGCUGUAGACGGUUCUACCGUACGCAGUGUCUCUUCGUACGUACAGAUCAACAUCUAUGAUACGACAUUGAAAGAACUCCACACUAGAGGAGUGGACAUCGAGCAAAUUUUACAACGCUCUGGCUGUCGUUCCAUCAUAAUGGACGUACCCAUAAUAUCCGCGGAAUUGAGAAAAGUGACAAAGAAUGGCAGAUGCCGGCCCAGAAAGUUUGGAAGUAAUUCUCCCGUCCUUGGCGCUAAGAGACCCCACUCAGAGUGUAGCUAUGUUGAAAACGAUGCGGUAUCUGUAAACUAUGGUGAGAAUACGCGCAGAUCAGUGGUACAAACUCAGUCGGAGGAGGAGUCUAUGGACUGCAGAGAAAAUCUCCAUUCAACAUCUACGAAUGCUGAUAAUCGUGGCCCUCUUACGUCCACACCUGUCCUAAGCAAGCACAAUUACAACGACUUUUUCAACAUUGACAUUUCUACGGUUGUACCCGAUGCCUCUUUCAAAUAUGAGCUCCCGACGAAACCCGUGGAUCCAUGCGUUUAUACGAAUACAGACAACUACUACGAACCGUUACUUGUCAAAGAAGAACCAUAUACGAAUGAGAUUCUCAAUCAAUUUUCAAGGCCAAUCGGGAGUUUUGAGGCAGUCAAACAGCCUGAAACUGAGAACGUUCAUGAAGUCAACGUAUUACUUGAUCGAACUCUCCAUAACAAUGGCUUCGAAGUGGAGGACACAGGAUUCCAGUACGAUGCUAACGAAGCUACCGGCAAUGGGAGAUUGUAUGAUAACAUAGCGAAGCUUGGAAAUGUUGAAAGCCACAGAGAGCCACAAUUGAGCAAGAAAUCACCAAUGACACAGCACAAAGUUAUCCUUGACUUGGACACGCACAAGGCUGUGACUGAUCAUGUCGUGGCUGAUGAGAAACUGACGAGCAGCGCUCGAUCUUUUGGCAGUGGCUUUCACGCGAGUUCAUUUCCGCAUGCCAACGCUUGCAAAAACUCUGGAUGCCAAAAUACUAUCGAUCCUAAGGAGUGUUUAGAAACUCAAAACGACUCAAAACAUAAUUCAACAAUCACAGACAAGUUGUGUGAAGAAGAACGAACAAUUAAGUGCCAGAUCCCGAUGUGUCACAAAACCUUGGUUUACCGUCGAAAAUACGGCAAAAGUCGUCUUGUUGAACAUGUUCGAACACACUGGGAAAGACCAGUGAAGAAGUGUAAAUUGUGCGACUUCAAAGCUUCGUCGGCUAGAAAGGUAAAUUACCAUCACAAAUUUUCACAUCCAAACCAACCUUUCACGGGAUCCGUGUCAUUGGAGUCUAAAGAGGAUUUGGACGAACUCUUAGUACUGUGGCAACGAUGUUUUCCAGGCCACAAAUAUGAAUUUCCAAAACAACAUGUAACCGUUAGCAUUAAUGGGCAGCGCAGUGAAUGUAAACCAUUGUGAGGUGCUGCUAAUUUGACAACAAUUUAUUGGCUUUUGAUGUGAAAUCUAAUUGGAAGCGAUGAAAAUGUAGUAAGCAGAUCCUUCUUUUCGGUCAUUAUGUGCGAUUGUGUUACUCAUACUCUGAUCUCUAUCGAGUUUGUUAUGCGAAUGUUUGCUGUGUGUUUUGGCGAACAUGAUAUCCAAUCAAGC